AUGCCGGUGGAAAUAUCCGAAACAGCAAAUAUCGAGCACCGCAACAAAAUCGUUUCGUCGGCAACGAAUUUGGAACUUUGCGUCGGAAACCCGAUCCAGGUGUGUCGAUACAUUAACGCCUACGUCAAUAAGGGGUUAGACGUAGCGAACAUCCAAUGCGUUGAGAUGCAAGUGAAUACGACCACCGGUACGAUCGAUUGGAACGAGGCUACGGCAUUCCUUAAAAUGAGAUAUAUCGGACCGCACGAGGCGGUCUAUCGCAUCUUGGGAAAUGGCAUGUUCCAUAUCAGUCACACGAUCGAAAAGUUGCCCGUGCAUUUGGAAGGAGAGGCUUGUGAAAUUUACAGGGAAGGGGACGAGGUGGCCGUAGUCGAAAGGGGCGAGCGUUCUAAGCUCGUCGCUUGGUUCGAAUUGAACGCGGCGGAGGAGGUGACGGGUCGGCGACGGUUCUACGUCGACAUCGUCGAAACGCACUCUUGGCGGCAAGGUCGUUGGGUCGCCAAGUCGCGACCCACCAGUUCUAUAGGUCGUAUGAGUCCGGUUUAUCCGAGUCCGGGGAAUAUGGAGCGCUACUAUCUACGAAUGAUUUUGGGCAACGUGACAGGUUUGAUUUCGUUCGUGGACGCGAAAACCGUAAACGGCGUUUUAUGUCCUUCGUAUCAGGCCGCUUGCGUAGCGUUAAAAUUGAUCCCGGACGACGACGAAGAGGCGGACAAGAUUUUAGAUUGGAUAGCGGAUCGUCUUCGUCAUCCGUUUUAUUUAAGGGAAGCGUUCGCUCUAAUUCUCUUGUACAAUCCGUCGAAGAAUCCCCGAACUUUAUUUAAGAGAUGGUGCAGGCGUAUGUCCGCGGACGUGCUUAGGAUUCAUAUCGAUUUAAUCAGAGAUAUCGACGAAGAGGGCGCGGGCGACUUAAACGAAAGGAUGCACGUGCUCCGUACGUGUCGGUAUACGGUCCUUUGGAGUUUCGUAGAUCGAUUUCUGGUCGAAUGCUCCACUUCGAUGGAAAAAAUUAAUCUUCCUCGGGAUUGGAUUUCCGAUUGGGUUUACGACGAGGAGGCGGAAAAACUUUUGGACGAGGAAGAGGUUACGUUCGAGGAAUUCACUUUCGUUCCGAGACCGAAUCAAAAUUUGCAUCUGAUCGAUCUCAACGAUCAACAGCUGGGAUUCGUUUACGAGGUUUUACAGUCUGUAUGCAAUCGUAACGGUAUCGUUUUCGUUUUGACCGGCGAAGAGGGCACCAGCAAAACCGCGACCGUCAACGUUAUUUUGGAAGUGGCGGAACUUCGCGCGUUACCGUACGUAUCCGCGGCUUUUACGGGGAUCGCGGCCACGUUAAUCCGGAACGCCGACGAGGUGUUUAUGUUGGCGUCGUGGAUGUUGGAAAUGAUCGAUGCCGUGUGUCGGGAAUACGGUCAAUCGCGACGGCCGUUCGGUGGGAAAACCGUUAUUCUUAGCGGCGGUCCCAAGCAGUUGCUUCCCGUUGUCAAGGGUAGGCGAGCGGGAAUGGCGUCCAUCGUUUCGCAUCCGGCAUGGAGUACUUUUCAACUGUGCACGUUAACGGAAAACAUGCGUGUUCAUCCGCAAGAGGUGGAAUGGUCGAAUUUCAUCAGGAGAGUAGGCGACGGGGAAAGAAUUGUUUCGGACAACGGACGCGAACCGAUUUCCGAUAACUCCGAGCGAUUGGCCCUCCGGUCGAUCCUUUGUCCCGUGAACAGCGAGGUCGAGGAGUUGAACGAAAUCAUCUCAAAGAUCUUCCCCGAUCCGUCAGGAUCGGAGAGGGUCUUUUUGGCGACCAAUUCCUACGAUAGACAGAGUAACGAGGAUGGGGCCGACGAUCACGAAAUCGCCAAUCCCCUCGCGACGGGAGUCACCAGUGAAAUUAUCGAAAGUUUAGAUUUGUCGGGACUACCGCCACAUCGGUUGACUUUGAAGAUCGGUUCGGUGGUAGUCCUUUUGGUAAAUCUUAACGUGCGGAGGGGUUUUUGUAACGGACAGAGAAUGAUCGUUUUGGAGAUGGGCGAUGACGUGAUAGUCGGCCGCAUCGUUUCCGAGGAAAAAGAAACGCCAUUGCUACCGGGCGGCGGCACAUUUUAUAGAAAACAAUUUCCGAUUAAGUUGGCGCACGCAAUUACUAUCAACAAAGCGCAAGGACAGACUCUUUCGCGAGUCGGUUUGUGUCUCAACGUCCCGUGUUUUGCUCACGGUCAAUUGUACGUCGCUUUGUCCAGAGUGCGUACUUGGCAAGAUAUUCGCAUUUUUGUAAAGGAAAGUCGUAGACAUGGUCGUUUCUUUAAAGACGGUCGCAAAAAUAAUCCAGUUUUCACGCAGAAUAUCGUUUAUAGGGCGUUUUUAGAUAAAAUCUUCAAUUGA